GUUGAAAGGAAAUAUCAAUCCUUUCUUAAUAUGGUUCGAAGCAUGCUUAAAAACAAAAAUGUUCCAAGAGAAUUUUGGGCCGAAGCCGUGGAUUGUGCGGUUUAUUUGUCAAACCGAACUCCUUCUAGAAUUGUUUGGAACAAAACCCCCGAAGAAGCAUGGAGUGGAACAAAGCCCGGAAUUGCCCACUUGAAAGUUUUUGGGAGUAUUGCUUAUGCUCAUGUUCCGAAUAAAAAAAGAAACAAAUUGGAUGACAAAAGUGAGAAGUUUAUCUUUAUUAGAUAUGAUGCAAGAGCAAAGGGGUACAAGUUAUACAAUCCAAGGUAAUGGAAAAUUGUGGUUAGCCGCAAUGUUGAGUGUGAAGAAGAGGAUUGGACUCAAAAGGAAGAAGAUUACAAUUUCUUGCCUUACUACAAUGAAGAAGAGGACCAAGAGCUGACCCAUGAAGAGGCCACGAGUCCAACUCGACCAUCACCCGAGCAAGAAGGAUUCACAAGUGAAGAAACUCAAAUGAAAGGCCGCCUCGCUUAAGGAGCAUACAAGAGCUAUAUGAGGUAACUGAAAAUAUUAAUGAUCUAACAUUGUUUUGUCUUCUUGCCGAUUGUGAACCAAUAGGUUUCGAAGAAGCGACUAACAACAAGAAUUGGAGGGAAGCCAUGGAUGAAGAAAUGAAGACCAUCAUGAAACAUGACACGUGGGAAUUGGCCACCCAAAGGGCACAAAGCAAUUGGUGCAAAAUGGGUGUUUAAAGAAAAGAAGAAUGCCAUGGGGAAAGUUGAAAGGUACAAAGCAAAAUUGGUUGUGAAAGGGUACAACCAAAGAGCUGGCAUCGACUAUGAAGAGCACAUUCUCUCGAGGUUCAAACGGAGGAGACCGGAGAGUCUUUGUCCAAAUGGCUGAACAGGAUCUUUGCUGCAUAUGCAUAUUAAAUGCGAUGCAAACUUAUUCUGCAACGAAUAAUUUCAUACGUGAUCUUGGUACGUGGUUGGUGCGAAGUGGUUUUCCGUUUGCUUUCUACAUGGACUAGCAGCUGAUCCGUUUGACUUUUAGUCUGUAGGACCUAAUAAGUCCAACAAAGCAGGAGAAGGCGUUGUCCUAUCAGUCUUUCACACUUAAUUAGUACUAUAGCAAGUAAUUAAAUCCAAUGAGAAAUUAUAAGAGUGAG